CGACUUCUCUGUUGAUUUUGUUGGUUGCAUACAAGAGACACUUGGAAUUCUACCAAGGGCCAUCUAUGGAUAUCAAGUCCCGGCAAACCAUUGAUAUACCAUACCGUGGUAUAUAUAGUAUUGAUCAGGUAGAUUUAAUACACAAUUGCUGGUGCGCUGAAGGCCAGUUCGUCGCACAAAAGCGCUUGGAUGUCUGGAUAUCUUUCCUUAGGGAUACAACUAGCGAGGUACCCCCAGUCAAGCAUGGCAGCGGCAAAGGGAAAGCUUGAGGGCGCCGCCUACUCAAACAGGCAAUCAGCUCCCAAAUCCUGACUGCCUGGUCAUCCAUUCCAUGGUUCUACUAAUCCCCGGACUGCCAGGUUAUCCUGCCUUUUAGCUCCAGCACAUUUCAAUCGGUCACUCGUUUUUUACUAUCGAUAUAGUUAAUAUAUACUAAACUCUUUGUUCUCUACCUCACAGAAUCACUAAUGGAUAUCCCUCGUUUAAGCCCCGCAGUUGCCGAUGAUAUCGUCCCGGAGUUGGCCCAGAUCUUCGCUGACAACCCCUUCAAGUCAUUGAGAGAGCGCAACAUCAGGGUCCCUGUCCUUUGCGGUCCACAUGAGCAGGGUCCCACCGAUACCCACAUCAACAUCUUCGGACAGGAGUUUCGGACGCAUUCAAGUCUACUCAAGCAGCACACGCGGAUCUGGAAAGACCGGCAGCAUGGUGAGUAUCCUGCGCGUCACGGACACUAUUUCGAGGCUAGAACUGAGAAGGAUGGCGGUUGGGGAAUCUACCGAAAGGGGGCGAAGUACUAUCGCGACUAUCCGGCAUUGCCAGAAGCACGCAUACCUUCUGCCAUUGAGACGUUUCAUUGUUUGUUGCAAGCGCUGUAUCUAAAGCCUGUACCGUACAUCGGCAUCCGAGGUUGGCGGCGCAUGGUCUCGCUAGGGAUACGCUUUCAAGCAGUGCCUCGAGUGCGUGAAUAUAUUGAAAAGAUUAUUCUACCCUGGACCCUUACGACCACUCCCCUCGAUGGCCUCACCGAUGAUAUCCUUACCCAUACCAAAAUGGCACAAGAUAUCCAAUGUGCCCGGCUCUACCGCGAAUGUUUCAUCCAUCUUAUCGGAAUGGCCCAAUACUGGGGAAGGCAUGACUUCCAUCACGCCGAGAGUAUGCUCACCCCGAGUGCAUAUGCCUCUUUGAUCCACCAUGUCGCGAGUCAACGGCAAAUUAUUGAGAAAGCGGACGUCGCUUUGCACACUUUUAUCCAGACUAUGACGGUGCAGAAGCCGCGACGAAUUCCAAACUACUUGCUCAGACAAUUGACAGACACGGUAAAUAAUGUUACUGGCCUGAAUGGGCGCAACAUGAACUCGCUAGGAUAUUACCAGCAAAUACGUCAUGUUCUGAACGAUAUGCAAGUGAGAAUUCCGCGAGGUACUAUGUACAACAAGUGCCACAGGCUGUGGCAAUUCAUUGGGUGUUUGUGUCUGAGUGGGCUUCAGUACACGGAGGCUCAGGUCAAAGGGUACCCUGUCUUCUUUCUGCCUGCGGAGAUUGAGCUGCCAUGGGAACUUGUCAGCCCACCCGAUGAAGAACCGGAAUGGCAGGAGUCGGAAGAAGGGGAUGUCAUCAUGCAAAGUCAAGAAGGGGAAUAUGGUCUAGUGGGAGAUAACUUAUAGGAAGUCCGGACGGAUGCUAGGUGGCUGAAAAUGUCAGGGUAUCGUGUUGUAUGUUUGUAUUAUUACCUCCUUCUUAGUCGAUCAAGGAAGGUUGCUAGUUAGAAAAGAAGGUGAUGGUGAGUGGUGCCAUUUCGUCGGUGCAGAUUCAUCGUUGCCUUAUACAUACUCCAGUACAGUUUCUUCAGGAG